GACGCCACCGAUUCCUCUUCGGCGGCCAGUGGCGGUCGUGGCACCUCAGGUUACGGUGGCGCGCAGCGUGGCGGCGGCGGCGGCGGCGGCGGCGGCUACGGGCGUCAGGCUGCUCCUGCCGGUCGUGCUGGCGGUCAGUUCUCGCCCUGCCAGAAGGCGGUGCUGGAGAUCAUCAGAACGUCGGGCAGGCAGAGCGGGGCCGGUUGCGCGCUGGGCGAGGUGAUCGAGGUCCUGCAGACUUCGUUCUCCGAGGAGGAGCUCAGGGAGGCCAUCGAGUGGCUCACGGCCGAGGGGCACCUCUACACCGCCGGCGACGACUUCUUCCGGUGCUCCGAGUAA